CUUCUCUCAUCUCUCAUCUCACUUUACCUCCUACUCUUUUUCCUCUACAAUCAUCUUCCCCAAUGAACCCCUUCCUCCUCCUCUAUUACCUGCAGACACACAACCCCUCCUCCUCUAUUAUUAGCCGGCCACCACCAAACAUCACAACCCCUCCUCAAUUGUAGCAGACACACCCACACCCCUUCACCGACAAACAUCACAACCCCUCCUCCUCCUCUAUUAUCGGCCGGCCACCACCAUCUUUUGGAAGAUGGUGGUGGCAUACGGCGGCUUAAGCGCAGAUAUCGAGGGAGAUCGAGAGAGAUUGAGCAGAAAAGGAGAGAGAGAGAUCAGAGGAUGCGAACAACGGUGUUUUUCGGCAGCUCGGAGACGGUGGUGCUCGGCCGGAAUCGGGGCUGAGUGGAGGUGUUUUUCGGCAGCUCGGAGACGGUGGUACUCGGCCGGUGAACAACGGUUGCUGUUUUCACGUCUUCAAAAAUCUCCGGUGAGUGUUCUUUUUAGGCGAACUCGUGUUUUUAUAUAGACCUUAACUGGUAGUGUUGAUGGAGACCGAUGGUGAUGCCCGUUUUUUCGAUGAUUAUGAUGAUGACGAUGUCGUAACGGACGGCGGUGGCCGUAGGGAAUCUGUUUUGGCUCGGUUUACUCCUUUAAGUUCAAAUUCAAGUUCGCGGCACGUGAGUCUAGGACCAAAGUUAAUUGAAAUCAUGAAACUCAAGUUGAGUUAUGGUGCCACUAUUAUUCAGUUUGACAUCCAAGAUAAACUAUUCAGGAAUAACUUCAGUACGAAAGAGAAAGAGAAACUGUUGCAGGCUUCAGAUCAACGCUAGUCAACAGAAGACUCGGCUUGGUUUCGGGUCAACGCUAGUCAACGGAAGGCUCGGCUUGGUUUGGGGUCAACGUAUAACGUAAAACGUAAAAACGUAAAAACGUAAAACGUAAAACGUAAAAACGUAAAACUUAAAACGUAAAACGUAAAACUUAAAACGUAAAACGUAAAACGUGAAACGUAAAACGUAAAACGUAAAAACGUAAAACGUAAAACGUAAAAACGUAAAAACGUAAGGCUCGGCUUGGUUUCGGGUCAACGUAAAACGUAAAAACGUAAAACGUAAAAAUUUGAGGUAAAGAAUUUUAUCCCGUAAACCGUAAUUUUUUUUUGAAAAAAAAGGUCGUAAAAUACGGAACGUAAAAAACGGCGCGUAAAAAAAGGGGCGUAAAAAAAUUGGGCGUAAACGGGGCGAAAAACGGCGUGCAAAAACGGCGCGCCAAAAAAAACGGCGCGAAAAAAAAAUUAUUUUUGUUAAAAAAUCUGAAUUUAAAAUGAGUUUUAAUAAAAAAAAUUGUUUAAAAAAACAAUUAUUAUAAUAAUACAAAAAAAGUAAUAAAAAGUAAUAAAAAAUAAUAAAGACAAAAAGACAAAAAAGAGUAAUUUACUAGAUUGCCCUUUUGCAUUAAAAUAUUAAAAACAUAAUAAAAUAAAAAAAACAUUUAAUAUUAAUUUUAACUACUUUUAAUCUCAUCCAUCCAUUUUGUAGAUCUAGUGGCUAGAAAGUGGUUCUCUCGGUUCUUACAACUGGAGGUGGUUUUCAUUUUAGCGGUCCCCUAUAUAUAUAUAUAUAUAGAGAGAGAGAGAGAGAGAGAGAGAGAGAGAGAGGAAGGUUAACGUACAUUACGGCUUAUCGUACAUCACGCACGACAGGUAAUUACGCAAGUUCAUUUUAAAAUCACGCACGUUAUAACUCAAAAAUCCAAAAUCACGCAUAUUGAAAACAUUAAUCACGCAUGUUAUAGAACAAAUCACGCACGUUGUUGUACGUGAAGUACGUUAAGCCGUAAUGUACGAUAUACUUUUUCUCUCUCUCUCUCUAUAUAUAUAUAUAUGUAUAUAUAUGUAUAUAUAUAUAUAGAGGCCGGUUAACAUACAAAUACACUAAUCGUACAUUAUGUACGCUACAAGAACAACCGUCCGAUCAUCUCAUUAAAAGCGCGUGUUUAACAAUUAAAUUAAUCAAAUUAAAAUUAAUAAAAGAAACCGCCAAGGUUAAAAUCGUCUAUAGCAAGAACAAAACCCCUGAUAAUCAGCACACAAUAACUCAAAAUCAUACCGUAAACCCAAAAUCAAAACAUUGCAUUCUCCUUCUCCAAAACGUUCCCUGCUACUCUCCAUUGCGAUUUCAACUACAAUUCCAUGAAUAUUGAGAAAAGAAGCAAAGCAAACAACGACAGACCACAAGCGAAGAAGAUGAAUCCAGAAAUAGAAUCUGAUGAUGACUUUGAAGGACCAAUAUCAACUCUGAUAAAAAUUAACAAGAAUAGAAAGAGAUUGGUGAUUGAAGAAAGUUCAGAAGAUGAUGACUUUGUUAAGCCACCCCAAAAAAGAAAAAAACAUGAGAAGAAAGAAGAUAAGAGGCAAUCAAAGAUACACACAAAAAAACAUUCAAAAAAGGUGCAACAACCUAAAACAGAACAUAGAGAGUUCUUCAAAUACAGCAAUGAAGCAAUACUGCUGAGAUGCCAACCUAACUCAUAUAUGGAUACUGUUAGAAGAUUUUCAAAAAAACAGAUUGAUGAUGUGAGGGAUAUGGGGUUUGGAGCUAUUCUGGAUAUCAACAUCAACCAUAUUUCGACAAGAUUGGCAUAUUGGCUAGCGAGAAACUUUGAUGAGAAGUUUGAUAAGCUAAACGUUGGAAAACACCAAAUAAAAAUAACAUCGGACACAGUUUACGAGGUAUUUGGAAUACCAAAAGGUCCAAAGAAAGUUGAAAUAAUAGCCGAUAAGAGAAAAGUCAAAAAGCAAGAGAAAAUUGAAAUCCGGGAUACAUUCAUCCGCCAGUGGGGGCAAAACGCGAGAAUUACCCAUGGCUUAAUUGCAAAUACAAUGGAAAAUCAAAGAGACGGAGGGAGUCUGCUUAAAUUAAAUUUCCUUGUAUACUGGAUGACCUUCUUUGCAGAAAUUACAAAGGCAACACUUGCAAAUGAUAGAUGUUUGCUCGGUGUAGAAGAUGUUGAGGAAAUAAAAAAUCUAGAUUGGUGCUCAUAUCGACUCGAAACAUUGCGCCGGACACGAGCGGGCUGGAAGAACUAUAAGAUACAGUUCGUGGGACCUGUUGCCUUUCUUACGCUUCUAUACACGCAUGAGUACAACAAAAAGCUUAACUUGUUUGAGAAAGCCGUGGAGAUGCCGGUUAUUCGUUAUAUAACAUCUUCGGAGAUUGAUAAAGUCGAAGAUCAUAUUUCGGAUAACGGACCUCUAUGGAUAUCAAGUGAGAGUGAAGAAGAAGAAAAUGAAGAAGAAAAUGAAGAAAAAAAAUGAAGAAGAAGAGGGUCCUCCGGAGGAUGAUUAUACACUACGACCACCGGUUGACACAAUGAUAAGUUACAAAAGAAGGACUGCACGCGCAGUACAAAACGAAGAACCCGGGGCCGAGCCAAAAGAUGACGAGAUCAUUGAUGAUUUCAUGGAUUUCAGUUUUGAAAUUCAUGAAAUGUCUCAGAUGAACAUUGACUUUGAAGUUGGAACGCAGACACAGAAAAUGAUGGAUUAUUGCAACACUCCUGCUCAACUUUCACCAUCGGUAUUCUACGACACAGCCCACGAACAACAACUAGAGGCUUCGAGAGCAAACAAAAAGAAUCUGUUGAAAAAGAUGAAAGCAAAUGUCAAAAAAUACCUUAAAAUGGUUAAAGAUGUUUAAGAGAUGAACAACUUAGUGUCAGAAGCAAAAACUAAGUGUUUUUGGGAUCCGGAGGUUAUGAAGGCUUGUAAGGAGUGGGAUCAGACGCUUCAGAAUAAUCCCAUUUGUGUGCCACCUGAUCCAGUUCAAGAGCAUGAAACUGCAGCCUCUCCUGUUCAUCAAGAACCUGAAAACCCAGCUUGUGAAGUUCAUCAUGAAGUUACUACACACGAAGAAGGUAGAGAGGAUGAAGAAGCUCAAAAAGUAAUAUCAACAGUUUUGGUACAAAUGGCAUCAGAAGGUAUACUGCAACCAGAUGAUGGAGGAGUCACAGACACCCUUAUCGCAAACAUUCAAACUGUGGAACCGGGUGUAUAUGCUUACCAAACAACUGGCAAUGAAACUGGUGAAAAUGAAACUGUUGUCGAAGAGACAGUGAACUUGGCAGAAUCUACACAAAAAGUCCAUGAAGAAGUGCCAGAAAAAGACCCUCAACAACUCGAUACGGACGUUGAAGUUGAAAAGGAAAUGGAACUUGAAUGCCCUCAGGUAACUGCUGAAGAAUUGCAUUCAGUUGAGUUGGUUUUGAGCAUAGGACCAACAUUGGAAGAAGAUAAAGGAAAAAAACAAACUAAGGGGAGAAAAACCACAAAGCCAAAGCAAGUUCCAAAACAAGUUAUACCAAAAGGGUUAAACGAACUGCUUUAUAAGACAAUAGAACAAGCAAAAAUAAGAGGUGAGAAAAGAUGUGCAGAGCUUGGAGACAAAUUUUGUUCCCCUUACUGCAAUAGAGUGGUAAACAUGCAUGAAGCACUCUUGACCCAAGAAUUGAGUGUGAUCCGCUUCACAUUUGCUACCUUUGCAGGCUUGCAAGAAGAGUUUUACCGAUCAAAAACUGAGGUUGCAACAUUCAAAGCUGUGUUUGAAAGCUUCUACAGGGAACAAUACGUAGCAUCGAACGGAAUAGAUACAUUUGUAGAUAUUCUAAACCUUGAAGAGAAGAAAAGGGAUAGAAAAUCACCACCACACAGACUCUUCUUGUAUUCCACAAUGAUGCCGAAUAUCUGUUACGACGAGGAGAAAUACACAGACAACCAACGACUAAAAAUAUUUGCUUCGAAUUUUGAAGACAUGUUAAAUAGAUAUGAGGUAAAAAAAACUUGAAUCGGUUGACCUGGUGUUUAUUCCGGUACUUCAAGGUGACCACUUCUAUGUCUUGUGCUUCAACUUAAAAACCGGCAAAAUUGAGCUGAUUGGCAAUUCAGCUGCAAAACAAGAGUUUAAGGAAAGAUACAAGGGGCUUCCGGACACACUGAGAAGGGUAUUGGUUUUAUACCUACAAAAUGCUUUAAAACCAACACCGGCUAUAGAAGAACUUGCAACCUCAGUGAUAGAAAGAAAAGAGAUGGAUUGGAGGA